AGUUUAUGUGAGACUUUUAACAGUUUUAGUAAUUUAUACUCGUUUCAAAAAAUUCAAAAUACAACAUAUACAAAAAAAUCUAAAUUUUUAUUAUAUGAUUAAUGUAAUUAUGUAAUUUAUUUUAAUAAUAGAGAACUAGAAAGUGAUAAAAAGUAUACAAAUUGUUAUCAAAUCUUUUUUGUUUAAAAUCACUAAUUGCUAUAUGUAUAUUUUAAUCACAUUAGGUAAUUCCGUAGGUUUUAUUUAAGGAAAGCCUGCGAAACAAUAAAGAUUUGAUAUAUGCGACCAACUAUAGCCUGCGAAAUAUUAUUUUGCUAGAGAGUAUAAUUUUUAGACUAUAGUUUAUAUAAAGUGCUCUAGAAUUCUUUGAAAUAAGAUUUAGAAGGCAUACACAAGUGCCACAUAGGAUGAAGUUUUUUUUUUAACUUUUACAAAAUUCAGGUUAUAACUUUUUAAAAGAUCUUUAAUUAAUAUAUAUGGAAUUAAUAAAUAUCAGUAUUUUGUUGAUUUUUUAAGAAUAAUUCAUUUAUUAAUAAAUAUUAGUAACACCUUUAUGUCUGUACUAACUAUAACCGGCAAAAUACCUAGUAAAAAUUAAAUACCAAAGUGAAGUUUUUUUAUAGAUUUCCUUAAUUGAAUUCAUCAAUUCACAUUGAUUACUUUUCGGUGUCCAAUCAAGCAUCACAUGUAAGUGCCAAGCACUCUUAAGUGUAAUUUUGAAGGCUCAUGGAUUAUGGCACGGGUCCGGUUUUUGGAGUGGCCGUGGAUAUAUUGUGAUCACGGACGAUAUCCUGCCUUUAGGAUUUAAAGGUCGAGAAUAUAUUUAUCGUUUGUAUGGGUUACGAAAUGUAAGAUAUUUGCUUCUUGGACUAGUAAUCGUCUUGGCUCAGAUUGUGCGGAUUUGAUUGCAAUAGUUUCUAAUUCGAUGGAAGGUUACCUUUUCCAUGUAAAUUCAUUGGUAUCCUUUUACUUCUCCAUAGAUGAUAUUUUCCAAGAAAUUUAACAAUCUAGUUCUAGUGUGUUUGAUGUAAACAAAAAAAAAAGCAAGGAAUUUAGUAUGUCUAAAUAAUGUGAACCGUAUAAUUCUCUCGAGGUGCCACUCUGUUUUUUUUAAUGAUUAGUUCAUGUUGUCAUUUUCAGUUCAGCUAUUUAUCAUCAUCAUCCAAUUACAUGCUCAUAUUAGCUGAUUGUAACUUGCAAUAGCAACUUACUAUCUGCAGUUUCUUGUCUACAGACUCCACACAGGGUCCACGUUCUUUGCUAAUUUUCUGUAACCCAUGUGAUGAAAAGACAUUACAUUCAUUUAGUAAUUUCCUCAACCCACACAAAAAAAGAAAGAAUAGUUCCCUUUUUUUUGUCGACCAGAAAGAAGAGUUCUAAAAGUUGAGUUUCAGGAUCUAUACAAAUUCGAAGGAAUAGUUCAGUUUGUAGCUUAAAAGUUUUUAUGAACAUAUAUGCUAUGUUUUUUUCCCGAGCUUUGGAAAAGAAAGAAAACUGUCGAUUAUCUUUCACGUGUUGAAGAAAAUAAAUUUGGGGAGUCCUUACUCCCUAUUAUAAAUAGACAUGAAUUUUGGAGGAUAAGAUGUCUGGAUCAAAGAUAUAAAUGUCCAUUGAAUAGACAUGGUAUGCCCCUUUCUCAUCUUUAAAAUGGAAAAGAGUCGUACGAAAACAGGACAGGUCUUAGAGUUUAGAUUUAUCUUUUUCACGUAAUUGGAGAAAAAAAGAUUUUUUUUUAAAACAUGAGAAAAAUAAGAUUAAUUAUGUAUAUUCCAUAAAAGAGGCAGACAUGAAUUUUGGGAGAUGAGAUGUGGUGGGGCAAUUCAAAAAAAGUUUGAGAGCAACUAUGUUUAUUGUUCUUUCAAAGUUUGUGUCAGAAAAAGGAAAUAUUGUAGAGACAGGACAGCUCGAUGAAAGAUGCAAGACAAGAGUAACAUGGAGUUCAUGUGGUUAUAUUAGAGACUUGUCUUAGUCUUUUCUCAAGGCAAUUGUCCUAACGAGUAACGACUCUUAUUUUUUUUCAUUUUCAAUUCAACAUAUAUGUCACAAAUCUCCUUCACAGAACAUGCAUUCAAGCUUUUGUCCUAAUGACAAGGACGAGUUCUACAGAAAAGUCUCUCUCUCUCUCUCUCCCUCUAUUGAUUCGAAAGAUCUAAAUGAGGAAACAAUCUUAAUUACAUGAUUCAAGAGGAAAGGAAAGAUGAUGAAUUAUGAACAAAGCGACAAAGUUUACUGUUUUUUUAGCACUAAAAAACUAAUGAGCUGUUGGUCCAGUGGUGAAAAAAUGUCUCAUAGGCACUAUGCUACUCAGAAUUCAAUUCUCGUUGGAAAAGACUCUUUACAUUGUUUGAGUUUCCGGCAAAAAAGUGAAACCACAUUUUUCUACCAAAAAUACCAAUGUGUGGUUAUAAGGUUUUGGAUGAAGAAUUGAAGACAAAGCCUUGGAGGCUUGGACUAUUGUAGUUUAGCUCUACAGAACAUGUGUUGUCAUGGUAAAAAAUCAUGAACUGAAUUGAGGUGAGAAGUUUGAAGGCUGAAAGUAACAUGCUAAUGCGUGUUUGUUUGCUUUCUACUACCAUAACUACAAUUCAAAGGUUCCGGUUACAUAUUCUAAAAUGAGUACGACGACUAACAUGGUUAGUAACAUAAAGCUAUAUAUGAUGGUCACAGACUUGGACAAGAUUUAAAGAGGAUCUUUGUGUUUAGUUUUUGAUUUUGUCACGGUAUGUUUCUUAGACUAGAAUAGAACAGAGGCGAAACUACUCUUUCCCACUUUCAUUUGAAACUACUCUAUCCCACUUUCAUUUUCCCCCUCUAAUAUACUAAAAUAGAGAUUGCUAUUUUUUUUUCUAUUUAUAAAGUAAAAAAUAACAUUUCUUAUAUUUUACUAUAUAUUUAGAUAUUGGUAGUUUAGAAAGAAUAUAUUGGAGUAAACUUCACCUCUAGUAUAUAGUUUUUUUAUUUAUUUUAGAGCUAAAAUUAACAAAUACAUUGAAGAUUGUUUUAGAGUUUGUUUGCAUCGGAGCACAAAAACUACCUUUACCAUCUAGCUCAUGUAAUUGCAUGCUCUGGACAUUCAACUAUGCACGUAACAAAAGAGGUGCAAGUAAUAUAAGGAGCUAAUAACUUAACAAAAAGAUAUAAAAGCUAAUAAGUACAUAAUUCGUACUUUUAGUACAUACAAUAUACACAUAUUCUUACUUAAUAAUGAAAUAUACUUUACAAAUGAUAGUUUUCAUAUUUAUAACUUAAGAAAAAAUAGAAGAGAGAAGAGUGGAGGGACCAAAAGUAGUUGAUUUAAUAUAUACACACAAUUAUGAAUUUUUAAAAGUUAGGAUGAUAUCAUUUACUCUAAUAAUAAAUGGGUUUGUUGAAAUUUAAUUCACAUUCAAAGGGGGUUUCUUUGUCAACUAAAAACACAUUUAAUGGAUUAAUUCACACUCUUAAGUUUUAUUUUUCAAAUUUUUUUUUGGUUGUUCGACAAUAUAUCUAUUAUUUGAAUAAUCAAAUUUUUUUCUUUAAUGUGUGAUGAAAUAUGAUAUUAUAAUCUAUGAAAAAUAGUACACAUUAAUCUAUAGCCAAUAAUUCUAUUUCUUAUGAGAAUUUACGUCUGACUGCACCACAUUAAUUAAUCCUAUAAAAUUAACGUAUGACGGUAUUUUUUACACCAUAUCGAAAAUAAUAUAUCUAAUAUUUGAAUUUCUUUUUUAAAAUAUUUUACUUUGAAUAUUUUACUCUGAAUAUUUUACGACAAAAUUAGAGUUUUUCAGUAAAUCCACAACAGAUAACUUACCACAAAACACACAUACAUGGUCUAAAACAUGUUUGCAUCCAUUCAUAAAAAUGAAUUCAGGAGUGGUUGAGUUUACGACAUUACCCUAAAUUGUUUCUAUCGAACACUACUACUAAUACUAGACGAAUCCAACCAAAUUGACCAUAUGUCUAAUAUUUUUGAAUAAUAAAUAAUUUGACAAUUUGUGUAAUUAAGAAACCACAUCCCCAUCCUCAUUCUCAGCCAUAAAUAACUCUUUCACCAUCUCUCCGUCAUUUAAACCCCAGCGUCUUUCUUCCUCAAGAACUUAUAACUAACAAUGGUGGCAAAGAGAUCUCCAAAGCUAACACAAACCGCAAUGCUGAAGCAAAUCCUCAAGAGAUGUUCGAGCUUGGCCAAGAAUCAAUGCUACGACGAGGAUGGUCUGCCUGUAGACGUACCAAAGGGUCAUUUCGUGGUCUACGUAGGGGAAAAGCGGAGCCGUUACAUUGUACCCAUAUCCUUCUUGACUCAUCCUAAGUUCAAGAGCUUGCUUCAACAGGCAGAGGAAGAGUUCGGAUUCAAGCACGACAUGGGACUCACUAUUCCUUGUGAGGAAGUUGUGUUCCGCUCUCUAACAUCCAUGAUCAGAUGAGAAAAAGAGUGCCGCUCUAUAUAUAUAUUAAUGUUUUUCGCUACCUUUGGGCUUUGGAUGAAUAAUGUAUUCAAAGGGUUUUUUUCCAAACUAGAAUGACCCUUUUUACGUGGAUUAUAUGUAAAACCUGGGUUUUAGUUUGUUAAUUCUUAAAGUCUAGCCCCUAAGUUUGUCUUAUCGUUCAAUAGGUUUUAAUUAGUUUUUUUUUGCAAGCUAUAAUAAUUUAAAUGAUGGCUUGCCUAAUAAGAACUAAUCCAUAUUAUUUAUGGUUUAUAAUCUGUUCAAUGUAAUAAAAAUAUCGAUCAAUUCUCUUUC